GUGGCUUGUUGCCAUAGGAGACGUGUUGUGUCCAUGUUGGAAGACUGCUACCAUUAAAAGUGUUUAAAAGCCAUUGUUUUUCCGACGCUUAAAGGAGUAAAAAGAGUCUGUGAUGGUGAGGUUGAGGGCGAGAUGUCUGUUUGUCGGAGAUCCAGCAGUAGGGAAAAGUGCUCUCUCGCAGAUGUUCCACAGUGAUGGCACCGUCUUCCAGAAGAACUACAGCAUGACGACAGGAGUGGAGCUGCUCAUCAAAGGCGUCAACAUCCCUGAAAGCAACGACAGUGUGGAGCUCUACAUCAUCGACUCUGCGGGGAAGGACACAUUAGUGGAAGCCUGUGAAAAAAUGUGGGGCAGGCCGUCGCUGCUGUGCCUGGUGUUUGACCUCACCAGCCAACGCUCUUUUGACAGCUGCAGUCGCUGGAUGGAGAGAGCCCGGGCCCACUGCCAAGGUCUCCGUGUUCCAGGUGUGCUUGUGGGAAACAAGUCGGACCUAGCUGCCAGGAGGGAGGUGACAACAUCCGUGGCGCAGGAGUGGGCUCAGAGCCAAGGCUUGGAGUACCACGAAACAUCUGCCAAGGAGAUGGAGAACUGCGAAUCGCCGCUCCUCAGUUUAGCUCGGGUCUUUCACGCCCUCUACCUGGAGCGCAGGGAGGCCAUCCAGAACUUGAGUCCAGGCUAGACACAUAUGAAAUAUGAAACAUGAAACCUGGGACGGCAGUAUGAGAACAAAUACAUUCUCGCUCUGUGUUGCUGUUAAGGUCCAAUUUUUACCAGAACCUUUUAUUAUUUUCCAAAAAAAGAUGGUUGCGGUAGUGUCUGAUCAAUAAUACACAAAGUAGACUGACACGGUAUCAUGAUUUAUUAUUCCACAGUUGCAUUGUGUCUUUUCCAGAGAGUUGGGUGCAAUUUUUUUUCGAACGGCAAACGUUUAUUGUCUGUGUCAAAUCUAAUUACAACGCAACACAAAAGCUGCUUAAACUGCUGAGUGUGUGCGCAACAGCUUGUAAUUACAGCGCAAUGUUUCUGGACUCUUGAGUGGGUGAUCAUAAUGAUAGCAAUUAGCAUCUUUUUCUUCGUCCUGUGUGUGUGUGUGUGUGUGUGUGUGUGUGUGUGUGUGAGGGUUUCCCCAGUUUUUUCCUUGUUUUUCUUUUUUUUUCCAACUUUUUAUUUUGAAAACAUGACCAAAAUGACUGUAUGAAUUUGUGUUCCAUCAAAUAAAUUAUUACUUCUAUGACAUAUUUUAUUCAUUAAUUGAAGGGGUGUUAUAAAGCAACUUUCCUGGGGGGUGGUUUAAGAUAAAAAAUAAAAAUAUACACCCACACACGCAGGCAGACUGUCAGUUAUAAAAUGUUUUGUGUUCAUGAUUAACUUUGGAGGCUUUGUAUUAUAGUUAUGCACUAGCCUAUUGGAGGCUAAAACAAGUCCUCCACAUGCUUACCACCUGAUUCAACUAGCCUUGGGUGUCUAGGCAUGUAAGUCUACCAUUGGCUGUCUAUGUCCCUCACAGGAAGAGGAAGUAACCCCUCCCAUUGCCUAUGUUGCUUCCUAUAUUAACUCAUUUGCUCCCAAUGAGUGGUUAGCACGCAGGCCUCACAGCAAGGAGACCCGAGUUCAAUUGCACCCUCAGCCAUCUCUAUGUGGAGUUUUCAUGUUCUCCUUGUGCAUGCGUGGGUUUUCUCCGGGUACUCCGGUUUCCUCCCACAUUCCAAAAACAUGCUAGGUUAAAUGGCCACUCCAAAUUAUCCAUAGGUAUGAAUGUGAGUGUGAAUGGUUGUUUGUCUAUAUGUGCCCUGUGAUUGGCUGGCGACCAGUCCAGGGUGUACCCCGCCUCUCGCCCGAAGACAGCUGGGAUAGGCUCCAGCACCCCCGCGACCCUCGUGAGGAAAAGCGGUAGAAAAUGAAUGAAUGAAUGAAUGAGUGGUUAGCAGGCAGGCCUCACAGCUAGGAGACCCGAGUUCAAUUGCACCCUCUGCCAUCUCUGUGUGGAGUUUGCAUGUUCUCCUUGUGCAUGCAUGGGUUUUCUCCGGGUACUCCGGUUUCCUCCCACAUUCCAAAAAAACAUGCUAGGUUAAUUGGCGACACCAAAUUGUCCAUAGGUAUGAAUGUGAGUGUGAAUGGUUGUUUGUCUAUAUGUGCCCUGUGAUUGGCUGGCAACCAGUCCAGAGUGUACCCUGCCUCUCGCCCAAAGACAGCUGGGAUAGGCUCCAGCACCCCUGCAGCCCUCGUGAGGAUAAGCGGUAGAAAAUGAAUGAAUGAAUGUUCAUGUUGAAUUCUGCUUUAGAAUGAAUCAAAACACAGCUGCAGGUCCUAAAUGGCCCUUGUGCCGCACUUUGGACACACCUGCUUAAUGUCAUAAAAGUACAAUCGUAUUUACUCAGGGUGUGGAAAAUAUUGGAUAUUAAUCGAUGCAUGCCCUGUGAUUGGCUGGCGACCAGUCCAGGGUGUACCCCGCCUCUCGCUUGAAGACAGCUGGGAUAGGUUCCAGCACCCCCGCGACCCUUGUGAGGAUAAGCGGUAGAAAAUUAAUGAAUGAAUGAAUACUCCUAAGGAUGUAUUUAUACUUGUUUUUUUUAUUUUCAUGUAUAACAAGUAAGCAUAGAACAGUUUGUGAUGCGCCCCAAUUGUACGCUAACCAAGCGGGUACGCAAGCCAAAAAAACAUUUUUGAAAAUAAUUUAACCAAGGAACUUCAGUAUAUAUUUAUUUGCAGCCCGCCUUACAAGACAAAUGUAUCCACGCAGGGUGUGACACAGGUUGUCUGUUGAAAUAUGGCGUCACGCAUGGUUUUUAAUAACAUUCCAUCAGCGACCGAUUGCGGGCUGCAGCUUAUUGCUUUGGGAAACUUCCUUCAUUCGGGCACAUAUUAAAUCAGGUGCUCUUCAAUCUCAAGACGCGUCAGGCCGAGCAUGCUAGCAACCUCGUCUUCUCCGCCAUCAUUUCAUCUCCACAGGCUCCCUGCGAGCAGACGCCUUAUAUACCGUACGCCAUGUGAGGCAGUCAAAAUAUGACAAAGUCAGAUGGAGUGUUCCCUUGCAGUGCUUUGGUGGUGGUUCAAGUACUGAAAUGAAUACAGUGGAUUAACACGUUUAUGUCGACAACCCUCAGACUGGCUGGCAAGGGGUAGUACGCUGGAACAUAAAUUUGGAGCCUGGGCUUUUUUUUAAUGGCAUCACUAUCCCAUCCAUCCAUCCAUCCAUCCAUCCAUCCUUCCUUCCUUCCUUCCUUCCUUCCUUCCUUCCUUCCUUCCUUCCUUCCUUCCUUCCUUCCUUCCUUCCUUCCUUCCUUCCUUCUAUCCAUCCAUCCAUCCAUCCAUCCAUAUAGAGACACUAAAUGUGAAUGUGAAUGGCUGUUAUCCAUCCAUCCAUAUAGAGACACUAAAUGUGAGUGUGAAUGGUUGUUAUCCAUCCAUCCAUCCAUCCAUCCAUCCAUAUAGAGACACUAAAUGUGAGUGUGAAUGGUUGUUAUCCAUCCAUCCAUCCAUCCAUCCAUCCAUAUAGAGACACUAAAUGUGAGUGUGAAUGGUUGUUUUCCAUCCAUCAUCCAUCCAUCCAUAUAGAGACACUAAAUGUGAGUAUGAUUGGUUGUUAUCCAUCCAUCCAUCCUUCCUUCCUUCCCUCCUUCCGUCCGUCGUUCCUUCCUUCCUUCCUUCCUUCCUUCCUUCCUUCCUUCCUUCCUUCCUUCCGUCCAUCCGUCCGUCCGUCCGUCCGUCAGUCCGUCCUUCCUUCCUUCCUUCCAUCCAUCCAUCCAUCCAUUCAUCCAUAUAGAGACACUAAAUGUGAGUGUGAAUGGUUGUUAUCCUUCCUUCCUUCCUUCCUUCCUUCCUUCCUUCCAGCCAUCCAACCAUCCAUCCAUCCAUCCAUCCAUCCAUCCAUCCAUCCAUAUAGAGACACUAAAUGUGAGUGUGAAUGGUUGUUUUCCAUCCAUCAUCCAUCCAUCCAUAUAGAGACACUAAAUGUGAGUGUGAUUGGUUGUUAUCCAUCCAUCCUUCCUUCCUUCCCUCCUUCCUUCCUUCCUUCCUUCCUUCCAUCCGUCCGUCCGUCCGUCCGUCCGUCCGUCCGUCCGUCCGUCCUUCCUUCCAUCCAUCCAUCCAUCCAUUCAUCCAUAUAGAGACACUAAAUUUGAGUGUGAAUGGUUGUUAUCCUUCCAUCCAUCCAUCCAUCCAUCCAUAUAGAGACACUAAAUGUGAGUGUGAAUGGUUGUUAUCCUUCCUUCCUUCCUUCCUUCCUUCCUUCCUUCCUUCCUUCCUUCCUUCUUUCCUUCCAUCCAUUCAUCCAUCCAUAUAGAGACACUAAAUGUGAGUGUGAAUGGUUGUUAUCCUUCCUUCCUUCCUUCCUUCCUUCCUUCCAUCCAUAUAAAGACACUAAAUGUGAGUGUGAAUGGUUGUUAUCCAUCCAUCCAUCCUUCCUUCCAUCCAUAUAAAGACACUGAAUGUGAGUGUGAAUGGUUGUUAUCCAUCCAUCCAUCCAUCCAUAUAGAGACACUAAAUGUGAGUGUGAAUGGUUGUUAUCCAUCCAUCCAUCCAUCCAUCCAUAUAGAGACACUAAAUGUGAGUGUGAAUGGUUGUUAUCCAUCCAUCCAUCCAUCCAUAUAGAGACACUAAAUGUGAGUGUGAAUGGUUGUUAUCCAUCCAUCCAUCCAUCCAUAUAGAGACACUAAAUGUGAGUGUGAAUGGUUGUUAUGUGCCCUGCCAUUGGCUGCUGACACUCGGCAGAUAGCUAGGAUAGGCUCCAGCAUACCUACAAUUCUAGCAAGGCACAGAAAAUGGAUGAAUGGGUAGUGAGCUGUAACUAAGGAUUAUUUUAAAAAUUGAUUAAUCCAAAGCUUUUUUUUAAUUGAGUAAUUGGUUAGGCCCUACAGCGGUCGUGCGGUUAGCGCGCAGACCUCACAGCUAGGAGACCAGGGUUCAAUUCCACCCUCGGCCAUCUCUGUGUGGAGUUUGCAUGUUCUCCUCGUGCAUGCAUGGGUUUUCUUCGGGUACUCCGGUUUCCUCCCACAUUGUCCAUAGGUAUGAAUGUGAGUGUGAAUGGUUGUUUGUCUAUAUGUGCCCUGUGAUUGGCUGGCCACCAGUCCAGUGUGUAACCCGCCUCUUGCACAAAGACAGCUGGGAUUGGCUCCAGCACCCCGCGCGACCCUUGUGAGGAAAAAGCGGUAGAAAAUGAAUGAAUGAAUAGUUAGGCCCUAGACCAGGGGUGUAGAAACGUUUUACUCCCCAGGCUGCAUGCUGAAAAUCAAAGGAUGCAGGGGAUACUUUGAUAUUGUAUAUUUGAUACACACACACACACACAAAAUGAGGAGUCAUGUUACCUUCACAGACACAACACCAAUCCUGGUGUAGGCUCUUCUUUAUGUAUCUUCCUUUCUUCUUUGCUCCACUGCUGCUUGUUAUCAUUUUCUCUGCUGACAAAGAGCGGCAACAAGACGUUCUCAUUGCACUACUGUUAAAGUCUUCUAACUUGUCAGCAUUCAUGCAUGCAUGAAGGACUUUGCCACGUGUAGCAAUUAAGGCUGACUUUUCAUAAACCAACAUCCUCGGGCACCUGGAGCAUCCCGCUUUGAAGCACCAAUUAUCCCGUUUCUGUUCUUUACGGGUCAGCUCAGAGGAGUUUUUGAAUUCCACAGCCUAUUAUCAUCCAUUAGACGUUUUUUUUUUUUAAUGUGGAAGCAGAUACCUGAGCUGCCGCUUUGAGAAGCUUGUCAGAUGCCUGUAACGUCUUAUGCGCUUAUUUAUUCGCUUUGCUCAUCUCCUGGAAACACACAGCACGUUCAUGCAUCUCUCACAUCACAGGUAAUGGAAACGUACAUACAGCGUGUUUAACCAUGGCUAUCUGAUCAUCAAGCACGUUCUUGCUGUGGUUGUUGGCCAUCGGGCACAUCCUGUUUGAGAUGAAUGUGCCAUUUUCAGUCAUAUCUGACAAGAAAAAGUCUUGAUUCAAAUAAAGAAUCUUGCUAACUGCAGGUGGAGCAUCAAUGCUUGUUUUUUCUUGUAGCGUAAUCCCUCACA